CAUCCUUUUUGUUACUGUACGAUACGAACACCACUACUUCGAUUUGAAGUGCAGAUUGGUCACAGCAACAACGACGAGAUCGGAUCGGUUCUGGAAGGAGGCAGAUCAAAAGAGAAGACUUCAAUAAUCUUAUCGAUGAUCAAGCGUUCAAGUAAACACGGCAAGAUAAACAAUGAACGAUCGGGAGCUGGGAUCCCUCCCGGCCGCAAAAUCGGCACUGGAGGCACCGUUGGACGAUGAUCGAUCUCUGCGCGUUCCUUGCUACUGCGAAGAGAACGUUUGGCGCCUCGCGUAUCGAAAAACCUAUCUUCAGAAACAUCAAAACAAGAUAGACACGCCGAACAAAUCGUGUUCGUAUCACGUGGCGUUUGUCUCCAAUCCCAAGGGAUGCGUUCCGAUGUUUGAACAAGUCGCGGCAGCGGACCGAGAGAAUCCUGUCUUCUGGGACUAUCAUGUAAUACUGCUAAUGUGCGAAGAGGACGAUUCGUCAACAGCACGAAAGGGGCACGUCUUUGACAUUGAUAGCCAUCUACCGUAUCCGUGUCCUCUUGAUGAAUAUAUCGAAAGGGCAUUUCCAAACCACACAGAAUGGAAGGACGAAUAUUUACCAUUUUUCCGGUAAGCAAAUAUUUUAUCAUGUAAAAGCGCACAACGUGUUCACAGGAAGUAGGUGUCGGUAACGACGUGCAGAUCACUUCUGAAACUCAUAUCCUCGUUUCUAUGGAAAAGUGUUGUUGAUGCUUCGGUGUAUUUGCGCCAUUUCUCGAGUGAUCGUUCGCAUAUGUUUGAUAAUGAGAAAAAGAAAUGGAAUGCCCCGCCUCCACUCUACGACUGCAUUGUGCCAUCGGAAACAAAAAAAAGGAUUGAUUUGAACGGCACGAAUAACAACACUUCAACCACCACAUUUCACCAAUACAUGACAAUUUCCAAGAAUGAUGUCGUAGACUCUCGACAACAGCAUCAACAACAAAAUAGCAAAUAUGAAGACAGCCCAUUUGGUAGGAUAUACUCCUUGUCUCAACUUAUACAACGAUUCGGGAUCCACAAAUAACACCUGUUCACUGUCACGGGGAGAUAAAUCAACGUGAUAGAUCGUUACAGAAAUUUUGUUCCCUUUGCAACAAGAGUGUGCGCAUACGAGGAGAUACAAUGCGUCGUCGUCGUCAUAUCAUGGAUCAAUGGUAUCUUUCAGAUCCAAUAAUUGUGUAUACGAGAAUCUUUGAAAGGGAGAUGAAGCGAUGGCGGUCUGUGAAACAAUCUAGAAGUAGUGUUCUCGCGAUCUGCAAAUGUUUCAUUGAAUUCGUUUGGAGAAAGAUUCGGAAUGACAGUUUGCACUUUGAGUUGCAAUUUGUUUUUUUCGUGUUCUAGAAUGCUUCACCCACUGCUAUUCAAAUGCAUACUAAUUAGCAUGUACCUCGCUCGAAUAACAAACAUAAUAAUAACAUGAUCGGGCA